AUGUCGGAUACAGGGGAUGGGAAGUCGGGUAGUUUGCCAGAUACCUCUACAUCUAAUGUAAGGUGGCAAUUUAUCGAUGCGACGGAAAACCGUCGAAGCAACCUGACGCAGGUGAAGCGUCAUGUGAUGCAAGAGUAUAUGCGCCAGAAGAAGGGUGGGCCCCGUCAAAGUGAUAGCGACGAAGAGAUCCCUCGUCCGCCGGCUAGACGUGGACGUCCUAAGAAAGACCGAGCUCCAUUGAAGCGCAAGCCUACCAAGACCGCCAGAAACAACAGCCAGGGGACCUCAAGCGCAUCUGCAAAUGAAUCUGAGCCUCUAUAUGGGGAAGAAAGUUCACCAAACGGCCUCGAACACAUGCGGGGCUGGCAUCAGGGAAACUCUAUAUCAUCGCAUUCUCACGAUGCCUCGUUAUCUCUUCCCUUUCGAAGCCCGACGGCCGAGACACAAGGAAAUCCCUUUCUACCAGACUUCUCCUCUACAACGGACUUCGGCGGUAACUUCACACCGGGAUCUUCAGGAUUAGAAACACCUUGGGAGGUCGUGAAAUCCCCGAGGACUAUUAUGAGCGCUGCCAGGACAGACCCAUUCAACUCACUUCCCUUACAACUCGAUCAAGACGGUCAAAGGCUUUUCGACUUCUACGUGAACGAUAUGCCGGCUUGCUCUUAUGGAACCCAUUUCCGGUCACCGAAGGCCCACAACUGGUAUACUUCUGUAUUUGUUCCGGAAGGGAUGAAGGGCGCUGUUGCUUUCCAAAACACCAUCCUCGUUCACGCUGCAAAUACCUGGGCGUGGGUUCGCAACGAGACUGAAUCGACAGAUGCCCUGGUGCAUCGUGAUCGUUCGCUCAGCAUGCUUCGCGAGCAUUUGACCAAUUAUCCGCGAGACAAUUCGGACGUCGCAAUUGUAUCCUGUCUGAGUGCCGCUGCUCUAGAAGACUUUGAUCCGCGACCAGGGCACAAAGAGAUUAGUUGGGUACAUAUGCGUGCUGCCCGGGAGAUGAUUCGUAGCCGCGGCGGGCCCGCUGCCUUUGCCAAUACUCGCCUUGGGAUGUUAAUCAACUGGCAAGAUUACAUUCUGUCAGGAUAUGAAACACAUGGCCCUAGCUUUUCAUUUGAGUACUCUCCAUCUACCACAACCUCGCCUCCUGAUCCUACACCACCCCAGCCUUCCGAAACCAUCACUUUUAUACCCUCUCCGCCAUCUUCCACAUCAUCUACCCUGUCCGAUUCACCACCCUCGGGGGGCUGUAUUGAUGUUCCUCCAAAUCCUUCAAAAUCCCUCCAAGUUUCAACUCACCCCAUGGAUGAAAUUCGACUUAAUUGCGAAUACUUCCUCGAUUUUCUCCGGCGCUGCGAGCAGCUUGCCUUCUACCAAAAAGACAACCCAAAGACUUGUGACAUAUCUCGACACACGGCCGUGUCAGAGACCUCUCAUCUCUUCCAAAUCCUAGCUGCGCCACCUGGCUCUCGAUUCACAACCUCAGGAGAUCGAAAACAAAUGGUUGCUCGGUUAACUGCACUCGUGAUGCUGAAUGCCGCAUUCUGGGACUACCGGUACACUCCUGUCCAUGCAGCGAACUUUUUAAGAACGCUGCAACAGGCCAUCGUUGAAAGCGAGGUUAGCAUGAGCGGCUCUGUCGAAGCAGUCCUCCAAAUACUGCUCUCAUGCAAUGAUGGCUCUACGAUGGAAUGUGGAAAUGGUCCUGACGGUACCACUCCAGAUUUCUCGCAAUAUUCUCCCAAUGCUCCAUCCCCUUCUGCACGGCCCUGGUUUGCUGGUCGAAUGUUAAAAAUUGCCAAGCGGUUAAGUGCGGACUCGUGGUAUCGCAUUAGUGAUUUUCUUUUUUCAUGUUUGACAAUGCAACUGUCAGAGCCUACUACAUAUAUGUGGGAAACUGAUUUACGACGGGAGAUUUUGGAAGCCCCCUUGACGAGUUAUAUUAUGCCAUCGUUGUUGUAA